AUGAUUGCUAAAACAGAUCUUUUGGACAAAUCAAGAGAUGUUGCUAUUGUGGGUUUAGGUUUACGUUUACCAGGGAGUUCAAAUACACCAUCUCAACUUUGGGAAAAUUUAAUUGAUGGUUUUGAUGGUAUAAUCGAAACAAGAGAUCGUUGGGCAGAUACUUUUGCAGAUACUGGUGAAAUAUCAAGCAAAUAUGCUGGUUUACUUGAUUUCGAAGAAUGGAUUAACUUUGACCCAUUGUUUUUUGGUAUCAAUCCUUCAGAGGCCAAAGAAAUCGAUCCACAACAAAAGCUUUUAUUAAAAGCUACCUGGGAAGCAUUUGAAGAUGCUCAGAUUGACCCUUUAUCUUUAAAAGGUAGUGCUGAUACAUCAGUAUUUAUUGGUGCAUCAUCCAUGGAGUAUGCCGCUGUUACUACUGAUCCACUUAAACCAACUGUUAAUUGUUUUAAUGUUAAUCUUAGUGGUGUAUCAAAUCGUAUCUCAUAUUGCUUUGAUUUACGUGGUACCUCUUUAACUGUUGAUUCUGCAUGUAGCUCCUCUUUGAAUGCUGUUCAUCUAGGUUAUGAAUCGAUUUUAAAUGGUUCAACUUAUUCAAUUGUUGGUGGUGUAAAUUUUAUUAUUAAUCCCCAACAAUCAAGAAGCUUUACAUCAGUUAAUGUUAUUGGGAAAACUGGAAGAUGUAAAACAUUUGAUGAAACAGCAGAUGGUUUUGUACGUUCAGAGGGUGCAGUUGUUUUAAUUCUCAAAAAUCUUUCAAAUGCUAUUAAAGAUGGUAAUCAAAUUUAUGCAGUUAUUAAAGGAAGUAGCUCAAAUGUUGACGGCACAUUAAAUAAAACUAAUUACUUUGCACCAUCAAAAACUUCACAAGCCAAUAAUAUUAGCAAAGCAUUUGAUUCUACUAAAGGCCAACUUUUAAAAAGUGACAUAGAUUUCUUUGAACUACAUGGUACAGGUACUCAAGUCGGUGAUCCAAUUGAAGUCGAGGCAGUUGCAACAUUAUUUCAAGAUAUUAAAUCAAAUGAAAAUCCAUUAUUAAUUGGCUCAAUUAAGUCUAAUAUUGGUCAUUUAGAACCAGCAAGUGGUGUUGCUUCAUUAGCUAAGGUUUGCUUAAUGUUUAAACAUCGUCAAUUUGUAAAAAAUAUCCAUUUUAAUAAGCCAAAUCCAAAUAUUAAAUUUGAAGAAUGGAAAGUUAAAGUUUGCACUGAAAAUAUUCCCUUCCCAAACAAAUCAGUUUCAAUUGCAAUUAAUAGUUUUGGUAUUACUGGUUCGAAUGCAUGUUUAUUAUUAACUGAAUAUAAAAAGCCAGAAUCUGCCCCAAUUACCACAACAAAAAAUAAAACCUAUUUAAUGCCAAUUUCAUCAAGUUCGAAAAAAUCAUUAGAACAAUAUCGUUCAAAAUUAAUUAAUCAAGUUGAUAGCUAUUCACAAUCUGUCAGUUUUCAAGAUUUUAUUCAAUAUCAUAUUUGUUCAAAAGCCACCAAAUUAGCAUCAAGAUCAGUCUUAACUGCCAAAGAUUGGUCAGAUAUUAAUCAAAGUAAAAUAAAUGAAUCAUUCAUUUCAACAAAGAAUAACAGAUCUGGUAAUAUUAUAAAAGAUAAUAACAAGAAUCCAACUUUGGUAUUUGUUUAUUGUGGUUUAGGUCCCCAAUGGAAUCAAACAGGUAAAAAUCUAUAUGAAAACGAACCAGUAUUUAAAAACUCCAUGGAUAGAAUAGAUCAAAUAUUCACCAAACUUUUUGGCUAUUCAGUUUUAAAAAAAUUAAGAUCAAUAAAAGAUGAUGAUUCAGUUGCUAUCAAUGAUUUCGCUAUUUCCCAACCAACAAUCUUUAUGGUUCAAGUAUCAUUAUUCGAAUUUUAUAAAAGCUGGGGCAUUAACCCAUCAAUUAAUGUUGGCCAUUCAUUUGGUGAAAUCUCGUCGGCUUAUUGCUCAGAAAUGAUUGAUUUAGAAACCGCUUGUUUUAUUAUUUAUAAAAGAGUAACUCUUCAGUCUAAAACUAUGGGUAGUGGCAAAAUGCUUGUUAUCGGUUUAAAUGAGAAAGAUUUUACCAAUAAAUACCAAGCUCAGUACCCAUUGGUCGAAAUUAGUUGUUAUAACUCUCCAUCCUCAGUUGUUAUAAGUGGAAGUGAACAGGAUUUAACAAAUAUUUCUGCCUCAUUAAAAGAAAAAGAAGUAUUUUCAGUAUUACUUGGAGCACCAUCAGCUCUUCACUCAUCCAAACAAGCCACUAUAAAAGAUGAAAUUUUAGAUCAACUUAAAGAUAUUAAAUUCAAACCACCAACCAUCAAAACUUUUUCAACGGUAACAACAAAUUUAUUUAAUAAAUCUACAGCAUUCGAUAGCAAUUACAUUUAUUCAAAUCUUAGAAAACCAGUAUUAUUCGAAAAAACUAUUUCAAAUAUAUUCACACAUAUUGAAAAUAAUGAUCUUGGAAGUACUGUCAUAUUUUUAGAAUUAUCACCCAAUCCAACAUUGACACACUACAUUAAUGAAAUGAUACCCAAAGAAUCAAACUAUUUCUAUAGUGAUGACAAUGCUAUCUCGGUUUUAUCAUCAUUAAAUAAAAAGAAACCAAAUGAAGUUCAAGAAAUUCAAUCAACAAUAGCAAAUUUAUAUUGUAAUGGUUAUAAUGUAAAUUUCAAUUGUCAACUUUUUGGUAAUCCAAAAGAUUUUACAUCAUACUUUUUACCACGUUACCAAUGGGAUGAUUCUGACUACUUUAAGCAUGGUAGAGUCUCAAAACAAAUAAAACAAGGCCCAACAAUUGACCAAUUGGGAUACAGAGUAGAUGAAUCACCAUUUAUGUCUUAUACCACAUAUAUAGAUAUUAAAGAAGAACCAUAUCAAUUUUUAAAAGGUCAUCAAUCAAGAGGCAGAUACUUAUUCCCAGCAAAUGGCUAUUUAGAUAAUGUUUUGAAGGCAUUCCCACAUCAAGAUCUCACUUUUCAUCUCAUGGAAUAUAGAUCACCAUUAAUUUUAAAAGAAGGUGUUAAACAAUUAAUCUCCACCAAUAUAUAUCCAAGCUCAAAGAAUGAAUAUAGAGUUACCUUUCAUUUUAAAGAUGCCUUUGGAAAAUGGAUACUUUCAUGUGCCGGUAGAUUCUCUGUUGUAAAGCAUAAUAGCGAUUUACAAAAUCAAAAAAUUAAUGUUCAAGAAUUAAAAGAUAAAUGUAACUGGACCACUAUCAAAAAGAACGAAUUUUAUGAAGGACUUAAAGUUAGAACAGCUCUUUCUCUAUCGGGCAAAUUCCAAUCUAUUGAAGAGGCAUACUACGGCUACAAUUGUUGCCUUGCAAAAAUCUCACUAAGUGAUCGUACCACUCUAUCAAGCUACGAUAAUGAAUCUUUUUUAAACAUAUGCACCAUCGAUGGUGGUUUCCAACUUUUAGGCCUAUUUAUCAAUCCGGAUGUAGUUGUGCUCGACAAGGUAGAGCUGCUUAGAUUCUAUGCAGAUAAUAUCCCAAAAUCAGCAUCUUUCAGAGAGACUCACAAAUAUAUUUAUUCAUACACUGAAUACAUUAGUAAAAUUGGAAAUAGUGUAUAUGCCAAUAUAACAACAUUUUUACCAGAUGGUACAUUACUAUUCAAUGCACCAGUAGUUUGUUUUACUGGUUUUUCAUCAAUUAGAGGGGAUAUCUCAAUUGAAAAUCCUGACCAUCAGCUAUACUCUGCAUGUCUUCAAUCAAUCGAAUCUCCAUUGUCAGUGGAUACUCCAGGUGCGGCCAUAGAUUCUGCAUUGUUUACACAAUUUGUUCCAAAACCUGUUGCAAAUAUUAGAAAUGCAUUUACAACAUGUAUUUUUGCAAAUAUCAAGAAGAAAUAUCAAUCAAUAACUCCGGCCCUCAUUAAUACCUCAACUAUUCAGUUUUUGAUUGAUAGUUAUUUCAAAAUUAGUGAAAAUGAUACAUCUGCUAAAAAGAAUUUAGGUAUUUCAUUAUUUGAAUCUUUAAAAAAGAAUUGGGAGUUAAUUAAAUAUAGCGACCAAGCAAAACUCUUAAAACUAUUACCUGCUCAACAACAAGAAAUCAUGAACAAAAUAACAAAAAUAUUAUUAAAUGAAACAAUUCCAGAGACAAAUGAUACAGCAAAUUUAAUAGGAAAACUAACACCAAAUCCAUCUCAAACUUUAUUAAUUAAUGAAAUUAUUUCAAAAUCUAUAACUCCUUUGGUAAACCAAAGAAUUUUAUUUAGAAUUAUCGAAAUAGGUUGUGGUAUUGGUCAAUUGUCAGAAAUGAUAGUAUCAAAGAUUAACCUUUUAUUGCAACAAAACCCUCUUGCAGAAAUCGAUAUAGAAUUGACAUUUACUGAUAGUCAAGAUAUUUCUUUUGUUAAAGAAAAACUUACAACAUUAGUACAUUCAGUUCCUGAAGUAGAUAACAGUAAAGAUUUAUCAUCUCGUAAACCAAGCUUACUUUUCAAAGUACUAGAUAUAAACGAAAAGGAUUUAAUCCAAUCAAAAUCAAUAACACCAUCAUACUAUGACAUUGUAGUUUUAAAUAACUUGGUUGGUAUUAACAAUUUAAAUGAAACAGUAAAUUUAAUAUAUCAAAUUUUAAAUCCAAAUGGCUAUUUGUUAUUGGUAGAUACACUAUUUAAACCAGCUACAAUCAACUCUGAAUUUGAACUAUAUCAACAAUGGUUAUCAUAUAAUUAUAUGGGUUCAACCAAGGAUAUAGAAAGUUGGAAAAAGCUAUUAACUCAAGAUUUUAACUUAAUCAAUUUUACUGCAACUUCUAGUGAACCAUGGCUAAUUUUAGUUCAGAAACCCAAAUUUAUUGAAACAGUAUCAAAAGAAAACCCAAUUUCAUACACCAUAGGUUUAUAUGACCAAGUAGUGAUUUAUGGCACUGUAGAAAAUGUUAACGAAGCAAAAGCAAUGUCAAAACUAAUGGAUGUUAAUGACAAAGGAACUGAUAUUUACUUCAUACGUAAUAUUGAUGACUUUGAUACCCAUGUCAAAGAGACACCUCUUUCUGACAAAUCUGUAAUCGUUUUCGUCAACACCAUUAAUAAUAUCCUUCUCGAUUUUUAUACCGUAUCUAUAGAUUACAUUAAAAUUAAUCAAUAUUUAUUAAAGAAAGAAUGUAGUGCAAAACAUGUAUUAUUGACCAGAAAUGUAUUUUUAGAGUCAUCAAAUCCAUUGGCCAGUGCAGUGGUUGGUGCAUUCAGAUAUUUCUGCGAGUUUCCACAAUUAAACUUGUAUUUAAUGGAUUUCGAUGAUGGAAUUUAUGUCAAAUCAUCAAACUUUAUUAAUAUUACUCACGAAUUGACCGAUCCAAAUAAACACUACCAAAGAGAAUUUAUCUUUAGAGAUAGUCAAGUAUCUUAUGAAAGAGUCACCCAAGAAACCAAUUUAAAACUAAAAUACAAAUCAGACUCUUAUAUUUCUGAACCAGAAGGUUUAUAUGCCAAACUAAAUCAAAAUUUACAAUAUCAAUUGAAGGCAUUCGAACCAGUCCCACCUCUACACGUAGAAAUUCAAGUUUUAGCAAGUGGUAUUAAUUUCAAAGAUAAUUUAGUAUAUCGUCGUUUAGUACCACCAGAGGCUGUAAACCAUACAGGUGACGCAAGCGAUCCAGAAUUUGGUUAUGAAUGCUCUGGUAUUGUAUCUAGAAUCGGUGAAGGUGUCACUAAAUUUAAAGUAGGUGAUGAAGUUGUUGGUUUAGGUUUUAACUGUACUGGUUCAUAUGUCACCUUGGAACAAUUUAGAUUUGUUCCAAAACCAAAGAAUCUUACCCAUGUUGAAGCAGCAUCAAUUCCUGUUGUUUAUUUAACAUCAUAUUACUCUCUAUUCGUCGCUGGCUAUUUAAGCAUAGAGAAAAAAGAAUCAGUUCUCAUUCAUGGUGCCACAGGUGGAAUUGGUUUAGCCUGUCUUAAUUUAUUAAAAGCAAAAGGUUUUCAAGGUUUACUAUUUGUUACUGUUGGUUCAAAAGAAAAAGAAAAUUUCCUUCGUGUUACUUAUGGUAAUUUUAUCACUGGUAUUUACUCAAGUAAAAACACUGAUUAUCUUUUCGAGAUAAAGAAAAAGAUUCAACAAGUAACUGGUAAUGAUUUAAUCUUUAAACAAUUUGGUGUAGCAAAGAUGGGUGUUGACCUUAUUAUCAAUACAUUGCCAAGCGAAUUUAUGGAUGCUAAUUUUAACUCACUUUGCCAAGGUGGAAGAUUAGUAGACUUAUCUGUUACACAUAUGAAUAGUCAAGAUACUACCGAUUUUAGGAAAUUUAGAUAUUGUAUUCAAUACUCCACAGUUGAACUUUUAUUAAAUGGUUUUGAAAGAAAUAGAUUAAUUUUACAAGAAAUUAUGGAUAUGUUUGUAAAUGAAAAUUUAAAGCUAUUACCAAUCAAAGAGUACCCAGUUUCAGAAAUUAAGGAAGCUAUAGAAUUUAUUCAAGAAAGAAAACAUAUUGGGAAACUUGUGGUUAAUCAUGAAAAUCAAGGACUAAUGGAAUCAAUUUUUAUUAACAAUGAUUACGAAUUUUAUAAAGAUUAUUUAAUUCCAAAACCAAACUACAAAAUUAGCAAUAACUGUAAUUUAGGAAAAACUGUACUGAUAACAGGUCAAACAGGUCUUAGUUUAGCAAUAAUUAAAUGGAUUAUCGCCCUUAAUAGUGAAGAUCAACCAGUAGAAAACAUUAUUGUUUUCUCAAAAUCACCAAUCAAAUAUGAGCUAGAACAUAUGAUUUGCUAUUGUAAACAUAUGAACCUUAAAGUCAAAAUUAUUUAUGAACAAGUAGAUGUAUCAGAUUUAGGAGAAAUAAACGAAAAAGUUGAUAGUAUUUAUUCUAAAAAUCCCGAUUUACCAAUAGUUAGUUCAAUAUUCCACAAUGCCUUUGUCCCUUCAGAGUGUGACCCAUUGGAAAUAGACAUGGAUCAUUUAUUGAAAUCACACUCUGGAAAGACUUUGGGGCUUAUUAAUUUGCAUAGUCUCUCAACUGGUAUCUGGGCAGAGUCUGUCAAAAACUUUGUUAUCUCAUCAUCAAUUACAAGUAUUCUAGGUAGUCAAAGACAAUGUGGCUAUAUUUCUGCAAACUGUGUAAUAGAUGCAUUCUCUAGACUAAGAAGCUCUCAAGGUCUACCCUGUACCUCAAUAAACUGGGGUGUACUCGCAACAGGUUUCGUCUCUAGAAAUGAAGGUGUAUCCAAACUAUUCGAAUAUCAAGGUUUUACCCCAAUCUCUGUAGAUAUGGUCAAUGGUACAUUAGAUUUAUUCUUACAAAACCCAGAUAAAUUAAAUGGAAAAAUUGUAGCCUCAUUUAACUAUAACAAUGUCAGUGUAGCUUUCAAAGAUCACUGUUUAGCCUAUAAAUUAAAUUACUUUUUAAAUCCAGUUUACACCAAAGGCUCCACCUUUGAUGAUAGCGAAGCAUCAAUAAGAGAUGAUAUACUCGAAAAAUUUUCAGAAUAUCUUUCAACAGAAAAAUCAAAACUAAGUUUAGAGACAAAAUUAAUUGACUAUGGCGCAUCCUCAAUGCUUUUAGUAGAACUAAAGAACUAUUUAGAUAAAAAAUAUACACCAAAUAUUCUAUCAAUUGCUCAGCUCCAAAAUGUUACCAUUAAUCAAUUAAUCAAUGCUGUAAUCCAAGCUGUUUCAAAAUUGAAAAAGAAACCAUCAAAAAAAUCUAAUGAAGAUUUAGAAGCCCCAAUUAAUUGGGAAGACGAAAUCCACCUAGAUCCAACCAUUAAACCAACACCACAAAUGAUUGAAUCUUUCAAAAAAUCAAUCGAUAAAGUUUAUAAAAACAAUACUGAUGGUGGGCUAGAAGUUUUAUUGACAGGUCCAUGCACUUUUAUGGGUUUAAAUUUACUUUUCAAUCUUUUAACAUCACCAAAAACGAAACUCAUCCAUUGUAUGAUGCCAUUAAAUUCAGAAGAAGAGGUAUUAAAAGCAAUUAAUGAUGGUUUUAAAAACAACAGCUAUGAUAUCUUAUUAAAAACAGAGAAUUUAGCAAAAAUCAAACCAAUUGCAGCAGAUUUUACAAGACCAUUGUUUGGCCUAACAGGUACAGACUAUAUCGAAUUUUCAAAAAAGAUAAACCUAGUAAUUAAUGCAGCCUCAAAUACAACUAAACACUAUUGCGCCCAUAUCAACUAUCAAGAUACAAACAAAGAAUACUUACAAGGUGUAUCUCACUUACUCAGGUUUGCAUGUACUGAAAAAAUAAAAAGAGUUGUUCAAAUAUCUACUUUAGGUCGUUAUUCUGAUACUCAAAGAGAAACUUUAAACGAGUAUGAUUUCCCAGAAGUUGAUUUCUCAUUUAUUAGUGGUCAAAACCAAUUAGUUAGUGGUUAUAUUCAAUCUAAAAUUGUAGCUGAAUACCACUUGAAACAAGCAGCAGAUCGUGGUAUACCAUGCUUCAUUAUUAGAAUUCCUUUCUGCUUCCCAGGUGAAAAUGGUGUUGGUAGAGAAGCCGACUUUACUCAAUUACUUCUCCAAAGCUGCUAUGUAUUAAAAUCAUAUCCAACAGAAUCACAUGUUCAAAUUUACACUGCUCCAGUUACUUGGUAUGCUAAAAACAUUAUUACUAUGACCGUUGGUAGUAAUAUAACUAUUGAUGGAUGUUGGAAUGAUAUAGAAUCCAGCCCAAUCGAAAAUUUAAUAUGUGCAAAUCUUUUUGGUGGUGGUUUCAAUUUCGGUGACUUAUUGGUAGAACUUUCUAAGGACCUAUCAUGGAAGGGAAUACCUUUUGAAACUUUAGUUAAAAAAGCUGCGAUCAAUGAACAUGACUCAUGUAAAAAACUAGCCUCAUUUGUUUUAAAGAAAAAAGGAGACUUUAUUAAAAAUUUGGGUGUAAUUCCAGGUCACUACAAUAUUAAUGAAAAUCUAAAGAACCUUUUGGCUUUGAACAACUCUUUUGAGGGCUGGUUAAUCACAAAACAAUUAAUAUAUAACCAUUUAUCAUAUGUAUUUAAAAAGAAAAUUAAUUAA